AUGUAUGUAGGGGGUAUUCUAAUGUCAAAAGCUUUGAAAACAAAACGGAAAAGAAAUAAUCGUGAUAAAGCAAAAGAAAGUAAAAAUUGGGGUAGCAAAUUUGAAGGGCCAACGAUAAUUGGUUCGAUAAUUUACAUAAAUAAAAAUAAAGGUGAAAUAAAUAGAAUGAAUAUUUCUAAAAAAAAAUCAAAACAAACAACUAGGGAGUAA